UUUGUACUGCAGUGGACAGAGUAAAACUGAUCCUCUUUCUGUCUGUAUGUCUGUAUGAAACCUCACCUUUAUCCUAUAGUUUCUUAUCUCCUCCCUCUUCUCUCUCUUUCUUUGUGCAAACAGACCAAGCCCGGUCAUUUGCAGCCCAACUAUAUCGGUGGUCUUGGUACAAGAAAAUUAAACCAUAUUUCUCAACUUUAUGUAUGUAACUUUGUGUUUGCCGGUCUGUUUGCAGUGUGUUGCAAACAGACACACUUCCUUCCUGUACUGUAGCUUCUUAGCUGGGGUCAAGUAGAUAGAUAGUUAUAUAGACAGAUAGAUAAAAUUACAGACAUAGAUACAUGGAAUGAUAGAUUGGUAGAUAUAGACAGAUGGAACGAUAGAUAGAUAGAUAGAUAGAUAGAUAGAUAGAUAGAUAGAUAGAUAGAUAGAUAGAUAGAUUGAUAGAUAGAUAGAUAGAUAGAUAGAUAGAUAGAUGGAACAACAGAUAGAUAGAUAGAUAGAUAGAUAGAUAGAUAGAUAGAUAGAUAGAUAGAUAGAUAGAUAGAUAGAUAGAUGGAACAACAUAGAUAGAUUAAAUGACAGACAGACAGACAGACAGAUAGAUAGAUAGAUAGAUAGAUAGAUAGAUAGAUAGAUAGAUAGAACGACAGAUAGAUAGAACAACAGAUAGAUGGAACAACAUAGAUAGAUAGAUAGAUAGAUAGAUAGAUAGAUAGAUAGAUAGAUAGAUAGAUAGAUAGAACAACAGAUAGAUAGAACGACAGAUAGAUAGAACAACAGAUAGAUGGAACAACAUAGAUAGAUAGAUAGAUAGAUAGAUAGAUAGAUAGAUAGAUAGAUAGAUAGAUAGAACUCUCCCUGGUGCAUCUCUUCUAGUGUAGUUCUUCUCUUCAUGUUUAUGUUUUGGCAGCUCUGAUGUGUGUGUGUGUGUGUGUGUGUGUGUGUGUGUGUGUGUGUGUGUGUGUGUGUGUGUGUGUGUGUGUGUGUGUGUGUGUGUGUGUGUGAGAGAGAGAGAGUGUGUUGUGUUUUGACUGUCUGCCAGCACCCAAACAGUGACUGUAAAUCGGAGAUUUAACACAAUAGAUUGUGCCACUGUGUAUCUCGCCCUCCUGAACUCCAAUAUCAGCAGAGCCCAGUGUAAGAGAAACUGUCCAUGAUGCAAAAACAGCUAAGCUCUUCAUUGUGGCGCUUUUGUGGGAAAAACCUCGCGAUAACACCUCACAGCGUGUAGGCCACAUAUAUCAGACAGUCCGGAUUUUUCCCUCUGGUUGCUCUCUCUUACUCCAGUGGAUAGUUGCUCAGGAUCCAGGCAGGAAACGAUGUCACAGUAUUCAGGGAAGAUAGUGUUCUUCGAGGGGAAGUGCUUCACAGGCAGGAGGCUGGAGGUGUUUGGAGACUGUGAUAACUUCCAGGACCGAGGUUUCAUGAACAGGGCGAACUCCAUCCGUGUGGAGAGCGGAGCUUGGGUGUGUUUUGACCAUCCGGAUUUCAAGGGACAGCAGUAUAUGCUGGAGAAAGGAGAGUAUCCAGAAUUCCAGCGCUGGAAUGCUCACAAUGAUCACAUGGGCUCCUGCAAGCCAAUCAAAAUGCAUGGGGAGCACUACAGGAUGGAGCUUUUUGAGGGUCCGAACUUCACUGGUCAGUGUGUUGAACUGUGUGACGACUGUCCCUUCCUCCAGAGCACUGGAUUCAGCGAGAACUGCCUCAACUCCAUUAAAGUCUACGGAGACGGAGCUUGGGUCAUGUAUGAAGAGCCAAACUAUCGUGGCCGCAUGUACAUUGUGGAAAGAGGAAACUACUGCUCAUUUAUGGAGUGGCAAGCUGAGAAUCCCAACAUCCAGUCUAUCCGCAAAGUGGUCAAUUAUUUCUAAACUUUUUAAGCAGCAUUGCUCUUAAAGGAAAAUCAAAGAAAUUCUCUAUAUUAUAUACUGACCCCAAAUAAUAAAUCAAAUAGUCUGAAGUUUAUCUUUGAUUUAUAUUAAUGAAUCACAUAGCUAUGUGCUUUUUAUCUUUAUGGAAUUUCAAUGAUGAAUCGGUUAUUUAAAAAGAAUAUGCAAUUAGCACAGAAAUAUUCUUGUAUGUUUUAUUUUGUAUUUGUACUGAGGCAAUGAGCUGAAAUAAAAGUGAAUUGUGAAAGAGUUGUUCUCAUACAUUUUUUUUUACAGAACAUUCAGUGGCAUUCUGUAAUAAA